CAGCUUCAUACUUCUAUAAAAGUAAGUUUAACGGUUAAAAAAUAUUCAAAUAAAGUGUGAAUCUUGUUUACAAUCGUUUUGAAUAUUUUUGGUUUACUAAGCAGUUAUAAUGAUGGGCUGGGGAGAUAAAAUGGAAGAAGGUUCUUCAACGUUUGUUUGGGGCAAAAAAUUAGAAAAAGAAGGUUUAAAAAAUUUAUCAAGGAAGGAAGUAGAGCAUCUUAAUAGAAUUAAAAAGCAAGAGAACAUAGAGGAACUAGAGAAAUUGAAGAAACGUAGACAUGAACGAGAAUUAAUAAGGCAAGAGAGAGAAGAUGAAAUGUAUCAGCAACAAAGACAAAAGGAAGCAACACAAUUUGAUGAAUGGCAAAAGCAGGAAGAGAAUUUUCAUUUAGAACAGGCUAGACUGAGAAGUAAAAUACGAAUCCAGGAUGGACGUGCGAAACCUAUUGAUUUAUUAGCACAAUACAUUAGUGAUCAAAAUUUGGAAGAUUCGAUUGAAAUGCAAAUGCACGAACCUUAUGAAUUUAUACGUGGUUUAAGCAUUGAUGAUUUAGAGGACUUACUUGCUGACAUAAAGGUUUAUAACGAACUCGAGAAGAGCUCAAAUUCAGAUUUUUGGGACGAUAUAAUGAUUAUUGUUGAUGAUGAUUUAAAGAAAUUAAAGAAAGUAGAGUCAGAAACAUCAUAUCAAGGUAGACGUGAAGGGAUUCAUCAAAGUGUUGCACAGGACGUAUCUAAAAUAUUUCGUGGCAAGACCACAACACAAUUAAAUGAAUUAAGAACCAAAAUUGAAGAUAAAUUAUCGAGUAAAAGCGAUGGAAUUGAUAUUGGCUAUUGGGAAAGUUUAUUGUCACAACUUAAGGCUCAUAUGGCAAGAGCGAGACUACGAGAUCGUCAUCAAGAGAAUUUAAAGAGAAAAUUAGAAUUGCUAAAGAAGGAACAAGAAGAGAUUCUGAUUAAAAAAGAGCAAAACAACGAUGAUAAUGAUGAUCAGGAAUUGACAGAAAUGAAAGCGCCAUCAAGUAGUUCUAAUUCACCAAGACCCUCAACUUCUAAUGAAUGUCAGCCAUCAACUUCUAAAGCAAUGGAAACAGACGAAUCAUCACAAGAUUCAAUAGAUCAUAAGGCAAAUGAAACAGAUUUACUACAAGAAUGCUUCAAGCUAUAUGAGAAAGGAAAUUACUGUCCAAAAUACAUUAAGCCAGCUGAUAUCGAGUCAUAUGUGGAAGUGAUAACUGAAGAAGAUAAUCAAAAACAUCUCGAUGAACUAAGAAGUAAAUUGAUUGAAGAAGAGGUUGAGGAGGUAUUUUCUCAACAAGAAGUUUUAUUGCGAAAAGAAGCACGUAAAGGAAUGAACGACGAUGAAGCUGAAUUCUCAGUCGAAGCAAAAUUGGACCCUCAAACACAUUUGUGGUCAUCCGAGAAAUAUAGACCGCGAAAGCCUCGUUACUUUAAUCGAGUUCACACUGGUUUCGAAUGGAACAAAUAUAAUCAGACUCAUUAUGACAUUGACAAUCCACCACCAAAAAUCGUCCAAGGAUAUAAAUUCAAUAUCUUCUAUCCUGAUCUAAUCAACAAAAGUAUCACUCCACAAUACUUUUUGACUCCGUGUGCUGACAAUGCUGAUUUUGCGAUUUUGAAAUUCCAUUCUGGACCGCCAUACGAAGACAUAGCAUUCAAAAUUGUCAACAGAGAAUGGGAAUAUAGCUACAAACGAGGGUUUAGAUGUCAAUUUCAGAACAACAUUUUCCAGCUUUGGUUUCACUUUAAGCGUUAUCGUUAUCGCCGUUAAACAUUAUUAUUACUCUUCUUAUCACUAUAAUACUACUACCAUUUACUACCAUUCAUAUAUAAUUUAAAGAAUUGUAAUUAAAUUAGAUCUAAGAUUCUUACUUAUUCUUUCCAAUAAAUUUCUUGCUUGAUUUCAA